UUUGUAUAUGCCAGUGUUGUCUUGGGCGACAACAAAGGAAGGAUAGCUAGUGUAAUUUUAGUUGUUUUGGACAUGCAGCAUGUGUUAUUUGACACGUCAGUCUCCCCGGAGUGAUUUUUCUGUGUAGCGUUAGCAGGGCUGAGCUGAAUGCAGCCGACGUUAGUUAAAUCAGGAAGGUUUUUGAUAGUAAUCGGUGGGCUGUGAUGUUUUUAGUCAUCAUUACUGAAGAUGCACUGUGCGUUUCGACUCAAACUUAGCAUGGACGUACUGCCAUUAUAAAUAGGUCCAUUUUCUGGGCAACUGCGGACUAUUACAGAGAAAGAAAAUUGUGACGCAGUUGUGGAAAACAUCUUUCACUGCCUGCUGCAGCACUGCUGUCGGGCUUUGCGGCACAAACAGCAUCUGCUGCAAAACGUCUGCGCAAUACUUGUGUGCCACUAGGCAUAUGAUGUUAGAUUUUUACAAGACAAAGUAUAACGCAUUCAAUCAGUUGACUGAGUAAAUGUUGGGGGUAGAGUGGUCUGAAAGAAAUAGUUGUUUGGUUAAGGCUUGGGAUUUGUAGUUUAGUGUCACAACCGGAGCAGAGGUUGCAAUGGCCCCUUUAAAGGAAAUGGACUACAACAACCAAACGCCCAACUCUCUAGAUACUUUGUAAACUCUGUGCAAGUUGCGCGUCUGCACUGCUAUUUUAGGUAUGCAGCUAGUGCUAUCUGCUCGGCAGUGUGAUUUUCCUCUGGUUUUGGCCUCUACACAUACAUUAAAAGCAUCGGUGUUUGAUGACAGCGUUUGGAUGGGAAUGCUUAGAUGAUAUUUGGCGAUAAGGUAGCAUGCACGAUCAAAAAUCAUCGAGUUCUGGUGUGUUUCGAGGAAUGCAGAGAGUCACUCCCUCAUUCGUAUUUACAGCUGAAUUCCCACUUGACUACACUGGCCAGCAUCCAUAAGAUCCACCACACCUUGCAUAGGCUGAACCUGACAGAAGACGUUGGACAGGAUAGCCUCCCCUCAGCGUGUUGCUCUAGAGCCAUGCCUCCUAGGAAAAAGAGGAGACCCUCAGCUGGAGAUGACAUGUCAGCCAAAAAAAGUCGCCAGGACAGCGUUUUCAGAAAACAUGAAACACCACAAAUCCGUGAGGAGGAGACAUUUUCGAGUAAAAGAUGCUUGGAGUGGUUCUAUGAAUAUGCAGGUGAAAAAUGUUGUGAUGACGUGGUGGGUCCAGAGGGCAUGGAGAAGUUCUGUGAGGACAUCGGAGUUGAACCAGAGAACGUGGUGAUGCUGGUUCUUGCGUGGAAGCUGGAUGCGCAGAGUAUGGGAUACUUCACUCUUCAGGAGUGGCUCAGAGGCAUGGGCUCACUGCAGUGUGACUCCACAGAAAGGCUGAGGAACUCGCUCGACUACCUGAGAUCUGUCCUAAACGACAGCACCAGUUUUAAGCUCAUAUAUAGAUAUGCCUUUGAUUUUGCUCGGGAAAAGGAUCAGAGGAGUUUGGACCUGAACACAGCCAAGUGUAUGCUUGGGCUUCUUCUGGGCAAGACGUGGCCUCUGUUUCCUGUGUUUAAUCAGUUUCUAGAGCAAUCCAAGUACAAAGUCAUCAACAAAGACCAAUGGUGCAAUGUUUUAGAGUUCAGCAGGACAAUCAACCUGGACCUCAGUAACUACGAUGAGGAUGGUGCCUGGCCAGUUUUGUUGGACGAGUUUGUGGAAUGGUACAAGGAAAGACAGAUGUCAUAGGGCAGUGUAAAAAGGAACAAAAUACAACUGUGACAACGACUAUGAGAAUCAACAACCAAUAAGUUAACAAUACAAAAAUGGUAAAGCAGUGACUGUGGGUGCUUCCAGAUAAAGGAGGGGUUCUGUGGGGGGGGCUGGGGUGGGGACACUGGGUUUGCAGCCUGGGUGCAUGCAUCCCGGAGUGCGGAGGCGGAGGACUGCCAUUGUGGAAGUUAUGUUCCCUACCGAAGUGCAUAGUGAGCAAGCUUGCAGCAAUCCCCAGUGGCAUUGCUCUCUCACUGUGACAUGUCAUAUUGCUGUCUGUGUUAACAUGGUAUCAUACGUGGACGAUGGAAGCAAAAUGGUUUGUGUGGGAGAACCACUCCUCAGCCCUUGUCUACAGCACAGAGAAGCUGUGAAACAGUGACCAUUCAUGCAUUGUGUCUGAGUCUUAAACAGGGUCAUUUUGACCUGGGCACAUUUAAAUAUUAUACAUCUGUGCAAUGAACUUGAGCUUUUUCUGGACUGAUGGCACCAACUAUUGUUUGUCAUAUUUUGAGUUGGAUACAAGUUCUACAAGAAGCACACUGUGUCAAAUGAUUGAUCACAGGUUUGUGGUGCCUGUUCUGUUUACUAUUGAUUUGUGCCAGUGAUCUUUUUUUUCUCCUUCCUUUUUUCCCCUCCAGUUUUGUUCUUUCCUGCUGGUUUGCUCCAGCUAACGCUAACAGUUUGCUACCCCUCUGUAAAGGUUUCAGACCUCAUAACACCAAACAAAUCAGCAUUGCUGCUUACUAACUCUUAUUGCAGUACAGCGGUGAGCCACUAGUGCUCUGAUCAGCAUUAAUUGGUCCGUUGACCAAUUUACGCUGUGUAGGUAAGAGUAUUAUUGUGCCUCAAUACAUGGAAAUCACACUGUUUCCCACAAACAUACAAACCCAAAUGUGUGUUUAUACACGCGUGGGAACACAUACAACACACGCAUACACACUGAGUGGUCAGGGAUUAUUUCAGGAUGAAUUCAGACUUUGGGCUGUGUUACAAAUUGAGAUAGAGCUGGUUGGUACCCAUUUUGUCUUGAUGUGUGACAUCUGUUUUGUCCUCCUUAGUCAGCUGAUAGUUUCAGGUUUCUUACUAGUAGCAUCUCGCCAAACACUGACAGUGUUAAUAUAACUACAGUGGAAGACCAUUGGCCCUCUCAGGACGAGGUCCUUGAGGCUUGAGUUGAAAGGUAGGUUUGCUGAAAGCAAUGCUUUAUACCACCCGUAGGAUCUAAUCAAAACACUGACAGUUUGGAACUGUGAUUAUGCUAUGCUGUUAUUUUUGCCUAGUAUAAUGUUCUUGUAACACAUGUAUACAUUUCUGUCCUUGGCUGUGGUGUGAUGCUGAAUCGUCAGAUUUAAUAUUUGCAUGCAUGCUCCAACAGAGCCUUUUGUGAAUGGAUGAGAUUUUUGAAAACAUUUUUCAAACUUGUUUUAGUUUUGUACAGGAAUUUGUGCAAGUGUUUUGUGCUUAAUUUGAUAUUCACAAUCAUGGGAUGUUAAUUCUGUUGAACAACAUGAUUGUGUCUAUUCAGACCUGGAACACACCUGUAACCUCACGGUGGAGCAGGAGUUCCCUCCUGCAUUACCCCAUCUUUGACAUCCUUAAACAUGCUGUAAAUCUUUAGAUAGCUGCAGACAGUAUAUAGGAUUUAUUUUUAUUUACACAUGAUACACUUAAAACACGUGGAACUGUGUUAAGAUAAAAAAAAACAUCAGCUCUUGUCAUUGAAGUACUUCAGCUGACACUUUAAAAUCCUUUUUUGUCAUUACAUUGCAUCAACCAUCAGCAUCAGAUCGAAGAUUGAGGUAGAGGUUGGAUUGCUUACCAAAUACUGUGUAGAGAUCGAUGUUUCAGUACUCCAAUGACAAUGCAGGAGGUUGAACGCCCUUGUCCCAACUGUAUAUAUGUAUGUAAACUAUGUAAGUGUCUAUAUGUCUGUUUUCACUAUAACCUAUGUCUAUAUACAUAAAUAAAAGGGUUUAUUAACUUA